UCUUCUAUUCCAAGUAUCUUGAUGACUUUCUUAUUGCCACGUCAGCUCUAGUUCCAUUGUCAUCAGCAUUGAUUUAUUUAUCACUUUAGUAUCUUUAAUAUAUAAUACUAAUAUAAUUUAUCAUUGUGAUUAAAAUUUUAAACAAAAAAAACAAACUAGUGGUAUAAAGACAUUUUGCUUGAGAGUUUCUCAUAUCUUGUUUAAAGGUUCUCAAAGCAGAAUCCUCCCUCAUCUUCUCUUUUACUUUUUUAUUUAAUUUAUUACUUUAUUGUUGAGAUACUCUUCAACCGACGAUGAUGAUGUUCUUAGCUGAUGUGAGGCUCAUAUAUUAAUGGCGACUGGAUAAUUGGCUACUCCAGGCGUUUCUUUGGAGUUUGAACUUAAAGCAUUGGUCUAUGAACUUGAUUUGAUUUCUCGGACGUUGCAAGACACAUGAUUAUAUUAAUGGUACGUAAGUUAAUUCUGUUCUUGUCCAUGUCCCCAUAAGGGUUUUGUUUUGCGCAGCAUCCAAUUGGGACCAGUAUAUGAAAUAAAUACUCUUUGGUUGCAAGUAAGCGUUUAGCUGGUAAAAAUUGAUGUCUUGUGAAAAUUGGGACCAUUACAUGAGAGGCGAAAGCCAUCGUUUAUUUCGUUUUGCUAUAAUUCUUUGAGAGUUUACUAUCUGUGCAAGUAGGCACGCGGGUUCGGUUUGUUUGGGUAUUUCAGUUUUAGUGGCUGGGUUACUUUGGUUAGUCCAAUCUUAUCGGAAUUUAUCGAAUAAAAAUUGCUCGGUUGGUUUGGGAUUCAGUUAGUUUGGUUUUAGAAAAUUUUGCUGAGUUUAAUCUAAUUUUUUUGUUUCAGUUAGAUUUUGAUUUAAUUUGGUUGAAGUCUUAAAUAAUUUCAGUCAAAUUUGAUAAUGUUGGUUAGUUCGGGUAAUUAUGUCAAAAAAAUUUGUUUGUUCGAUUAAUUUGGUUUUUUUUUUUUUUUUGAAAACGAAGCAGCUACUACCACUGAAGCAAUGACCCACUUUUUUUUAUAAAAAUCUUGAUGAACUUAACCGAAGUCAUAACUGUAUCCGAAGCGAAAAUAAUAAUUUUUGGUUUAAUUCGGUUUUACUGGUUCGGUUUGGGUAAUGAAUCCUAGUCCUAUGUGCAAGACUGUAAGAGUGCUUGUAAUAAACCACUAGCUUUGAUGAAAAGGUGAGUGAGUUUUCUUAAACUCCUUUUUAACUUUGUACCUAAUAUCCCUUUUGUACUAUUUAUGAUUGGCUAUACCAAAGUGGGGUAAGGAAACACAAAGGUAGAGAGCUAAAUAAGCUUAUUGAGACUUGGUCAGAACUCAAAAUCAAUCCCCUAGUAUGAAUGAUUUUGGUGGGGUUGCAUUUUUGUGAGUGAAGCAUCUUUUUCAAACUAUGCUGAGGAAACCAAAGACUUUCUCUCACUUAGUAAUAUGUAGAUUAAGUCAAGGAUCCAAAGCAUACUUGUAUAUGUCUGUCUUGUCUUGUGUGUUGACAUGUCUCUUGCGUCUUUAAACUUGAUUUUCUCCAUAGAGUGAAGCAAAAGAAAAAGAUGGGCUCCUUCUGUCAUCUACUUGCCAAGAUUUGCUGAUUCAUCCUUUUCAGAUAGCGACAAUCUCCGUUUCCCACUCUUGGAUUCUUGAUUCCUGUGUUAUUUAUCUUUCUUGUACAACGAGACACUGUUAUGGCUUCUCUGUCUAAAAUCGUCGAGCAAGAGGUUGUAGCAUCACCAAGAAGCAAGCUUUCAAUAACAAGGGAAAGUAGUCUAGCUUCUGUCGCCUCAUUGUCCAUGCCCCUUAUUCAAGAGAUUGUUUUAUCAGCAGACAUCAAAUGCAGUGACUGCCAAGAGAAGAUCGCUGACAUAAUGUCGAGGAUGAUAGAAACAUAUUCAAUAUUGGUGAGCGUGUUGGAGAAGAAAGUGACACUGACAUGUACAUAUUCCGGUGACCGGAGAGUCUCCAAAUCAUACGGCGAAGCUCUUCUCUGCAAAAUGUCCACCUUCAAGCGUAGGAUGAUUCAUUCUUCUAGGAAACAACUCAAUGUUGAGUAGUUUUUGCUUUUAUUGUCAUCCUCUUUGCAAUAAACCGUUGGAAAGUUUUUAAUCUUUAAUGUCGAAUGUGAUGGAUAUUGUUUAGAUAUGCUUGUAACAAUUAACUCUCAGUAACAAAAUAUCAUAGAAAUGAGAAAAUUAAAAGAGAUUAUUGGGAA